UGUACAGUAUUUAUUGUUCUCCAGUGUUUUCUUAUUGCAAGUUGUUUAUUGUGAUUGUGCAAUGUUUAGUUCUGAAUUUUACUAUGGAUCUAGACGAAAUUUGCGAAAUGAUCAUGUCACUUCCACACAAUACUAUAGAAUAGUCUACAUUCCGGCAGAUACAGUGCCACCAUCUCCGAGCAGCGAAGUAUACCACGUAGAAAAGGUACUAGACAAAAGGACUGUCAGGGGAAAAACAGAAUACUUCUUAAAGUGGAAAGGGUAUAGUGACAUCGACAAUUCGUGGGAGCCCGAACACAAUUUGAACUGUCCCGAUUUGAUUAAGGAUUUUGAGGACGAACGUAAGAAGAAGAAGAAGACUGUCGUUCGUAAGUAUAACAUUUCCAACCCAGUGGCAAAACAGAAGAGAGUGUCCGUGGGUAGUAAAACUCCUGAUGAAGUUAAACAAGGGUUCGAAAGAGGUUUGGAGCCGGAGAUGAUCGUCGCCGCCACAUACAGCGGGGAGGAGAUGAUGUUCCUGAUGAAGUGGAAGAGGUCGCGCAGGGCAGAUCUGGUGACCGCCGAGGAAGCCAAACUCAUCUGUCCCCAUCUUGUGAUCAAGUUCUACGAAGACAGACAGAUUUGGCACACUUCCGCCAUAGACGAGUGUAGUGAGCAAUGAACCUCGUAGAGUUGUUGUCUUCUACACCCUUAAAGUAGACAUUUUAUGAUUUUAGUUUCAGUCAACAGAAUUUUGUGACAGUUAAUUUAGUCAUCAUAUGUUGCAUUGUACUGAAUAACACUAUCAAUAAAUAGGCAUACAAUUAAACAAAUCA